AUGCUCUCAACUGCUAGCGACGGAAACCCCGCUCCGGCACCGGCACUCCUCCCUUCUGACCGGCCGCCGGACCCCCCAGUCCCAUCUACUGAUACCGUUUUGUUUUCUUUGCCUGCGAGCGUGGCCUCUGCCACCAUCUCCUCGGAUAUGUUAAUUGAUGGUUCUUCCUUGUCUUUGUCUCAACAGGGGAUCACGAUCAAGGAAAUGGAAAUUCAAGCUGAACCGACAAGCGGCGCGGUAACUGGACAGGCUCCGGGGUCAUACGCGAAUGCGGUCUCGGGCACCACAGCCAGGUCUCUUAAUCCUGAUCAACUAAUUCAGUGGACUCCGGUUGGGGAACAUGAUCUAGUGACGGGAGAGCACAAUGGUGAACCAGCCCUGAAAAUCUCAUCUGCGUUCAAAGAAAAGAUUUUUGCUCCUUGGCAUAGGACUCUGGUGAUUCGCUUGCUUGGCUUGCGAAUUGGUUUUAUGACCCUGUGCAAUCGGUUGAAGGGAUUAUGGAGACCUACAGGGGCCAUGGAAGUCAAGGAUUUAGACCACGAUUGCUUCUUGGUUAAGCUCGACAACGAGCAGGAUUAUUUUCGAGCUCUGACAGAUGGCCCAUGGGUGAUCUUCGAUCACUACCUGGUAGUUCAGCAGUGGACGCCCAAUUUCAAGGCGUCGGACCCCUUACCGAAGAAGAUGAUUGUCUGGGUGCAACUUCCAGCUUUGAAGAUCCACUUCUACCACAAAGAGGUCUUGAAUACGCUUGGGAAUCUCUUAGGGAGAACAAUCAAGUUGGACUUUCAUACCUUGACCCAGCAACGAGCCAAAUUUGCGAGCCUAGCGGUGGAGGUGGAUAUUUCCAAACCUUUGGUCCCAAGGAUAUGGCUCGAUGAUGACUGGCAGAAAGUGGAAUACGAAAACCUCCCUGAGGUUUGCUUCAAAUGCGGCAAGAUCGGACAUUCCUUGCCAGGGUGCCCGCGAAAUCAACCGGCGACUCAAGGGAAUCAAUUGAUGAUCGCCGGCGGUACGCCGCCGUUGACCCCACCAGCAGAGCAGGAAGAUUCCGGGCCGGGGUUCGGGCCAUGGAUGUUGGUGUCGCGGAAAGGCCGGCGGAAUAAUGGGGACUCUCAUAGAAAGGGAAAGUCAGAGAUGGACUCGGGCAACCAAAUCUCGGAUGCUACAGGUAAAACAGGGAAGGAGGUAGCGGGAAUCAGGGAUCCAGUGAAGCCCUUACCUUCUACGACGACGCCUAACGGUCUUGGGACUCAACGGGACGCAGGCCAGGAAAGGAAAGGAGCGACGGCGAGAAAGGGGGGAGCUGAAGUGCUGAAGGGAAAGGGGAAAGUUACCUCUGAACAUAUCAGCCACGGGAAGGGAGUUCUUGGGCCAAAGCCCAACCGCCCGGCACACUCUGAUAAUGGGCCGCGCCAAGCCAAAAAGAGCAGUGGGGCCUCAACUUCGGCCCUCCCGACAGAUCCAAAACCAAGGACGAGGAUGACUGUGGACCCAGCAGCCACGGCCCAUACCUCGAAUACGACCCAGCCUCCAUCUCCUCCCUCUGUUCGCACGGUGAAAGGGCAGAAUGGGUCCUUGAUGCAAAUUGUCGUUCACCAGCAUGAGGACAAGGACGGUCGCGGCGAAAUUCUUACUUCAUCGCCAUCGGUGGCCAAGAGGACGAAGCGAAAUAAGAACAAGAAGCCUCAAUCGAAGGGGUCUCCCGCCAAACUACAGCAGUUGAAGGCGUUGCAGAUUUGGUCCCCUGUGAAGGAGAGGAAAGUCAAAUCCAAGUCUCGUAUAGUCUCUCUGACUCUUCAGGAGAUUGCUGCUUGGACUGAUGCAGCUAGGCGGAAUACAGAUGCUUCGAAAGAAAUGGAGACAGUGAGGCUGGAUUCGGCUUCUAAGAAAGCAAGCGAACCCGUGAAUGGCACGCCUACCUCCACCUGA